UGCUCCUAUUGGACGCAGAGGCGGAAGAGAGGGCAGCACUCUGCUAAAAACAAUACUGACGGUCUCUGUUGUGUUUGUGUCUGCUGGAAGAGUUUUUGGACCCCCAUGGCUUUACCAGCCCAACUCAAAGCCAUCCAGCACUACCUGCGGACCGCUCAGGAACAUGAGAAACGGGACCCGGUGGUGACUUAUUACUGUCGGCUCUACGCCAUGCAGAAGGGCAUGAAGCUGGACAGCAAGACUCCGGACUGCAGGAAGUUCCUGGUCAAACUCAUGGACCAGCUGGAGACGAUGAAGAAGGAGUUGAGCGAUAACGAGUCCAUUAGUGAAGAGGUCGUCGGCAACGCUCACAUUGAUAACUACGUCUCAAAGGUGUUCUCGUACGCCGAUAAAGAGGACAGAGCAGGACGGUUCCACAAGAACAUGAUCAAGUCUUUCUACACCUCCAGUUUGCUGAUUGACGUUCUGUCUGUUUUUGGGGAGCUGUCAGAGGAGAAUAUCCAGCAACGGAAGUACGCCCGCUGGAAGGCCACCUACAUCCACAACUGUCUGAAGAACGGGGAGACCCCCCAAUCCGGGCCCAUCGGCAUGGAUGAUGAUGAGGAAGCAGACGAGUUUGGAGCCGAAGGUUUCUCAGGACCGGGCUUCUCACAUGGAGGCUCCUUCAGGGCAGAACCUUUUUCACAGGACCAGAAUUUGCAUCAAGAUCCAGCUCCGGGUAUCGGCUUCGCUCCAGAUCCAGGAUUGGUUCCAACGGGCCCUCCUGCCUCAAACUUCAACAACAUUCAGAUCCCACCAGGGGCCCACGCACCAGCCAACACUCCGGCAGAGCUGCCAGCUCCUUCAGGAGAAGCUGUUAAACCAAGACCUGCAGCCCGCCCGGUUCCUGCUGUUGACCCAUCUCUGCUCAACACUCAGCAGCAGGGCGGCGUUCAGCUCUCCCCCGAAGACUUCACCAAGGCACAGAAGUUCUGUAAGUACGCUGGCAGCGCUCUGCAGUAUGAGGACGUCGGCACAGCCAUCCAGAACCUCCAGAAAGCCCUGAAACUUCUCACCACGGGCAAAGAAUAAGCUCUUUGUCCUCCUCCUAUCUGACUCCUCCUUCCUCCUCUCAUUUCUUCUAUCUCCACCCCCCACCACUUUUCCUGCCCUCUAUCCGUCUUCGAUCUGGCCCCAACGAGAGCCGACGGCGACGCUCUCACACUGAGGCCGCUCACGUCAGAUGAGGACACGAUGGAUAUCAGACAGAACAAUGGUGCCCUGUGUCUGCGGUCGCACCCGUUGAUGGGAUAACUGACCAACUGACUGCAGGACAUGUGGACUGAAUGCCUCGUUAGCGACCCCCAUCAGCUCGAUACGAGCUCAUCCGCCUGAGCAUGAUUUAUAUUGUUCUUACAGCAGGUUCAAAAUAAAGAGGAGAGAAAACCGUUCUGAGCGCUCCAUCUUUAGGUUCAAAACUCUAGUCUGAGUUUGUGUCACUUUUCAACUCUAGCUUGUUUUCAAUAAAACUGCUGUCAAGAUUUAAUUAAUCUUUCAAUAUCACUCAAAAAUAAAGGAGUCAACUAAUCGAUUUGCCUCUGUACCUGAUGGCCUCCACAUACCAGGAGGAUCGUGUGUUUCUGAGAGCUUCUGCAGGGCAGAUCUAGGUACAAUCCAGUGAAGCUUUAUUGCAAAGACAAAUUCACAGAUUUCAGCUUGAAUCAGAAUCAUCACAGAUUAUUUGUCCAGUACAUCCUUAAAUUCCUGUUAACAAACUUUCAAUAAAUCGUUCCAUCAUGUUGUUGUAGCAUGGUCGUCUUCAGUUUGAAUAAAAAACAAGCUCCACAA